AUGGAAACGCGCAGUACGCCUCUCGAAAAUCAACCACGACUUCCCCGCAUAGCCCUAAGCAAGCGAAAUCGGGCUGUCGUGAGGGCUCUGAACCCAAUGCUGGUGACCUAUUUGGAAGCCAGCCGGGACCUUUGCGAUACGGACUUUAUUCUUUUUGGCGCUGCGCUGGCAGUCUGCCAUAUCAUAGGCGCCAAGGUUUCCAAGGCUGGACGCGCUACUGGCCAAAGUAGCGCUAUCCCAGCAUGGAGAAAAAGAAUUGAGAAGCGUAUCGCAAAGGCUACAGCUCUCAUCGGCUUCUCAUCUGAUAAACUCCAUAUCGGGCAAUAA